AUGGCAGAGCGAGACUCUGGAGGGGGGACGCCUGAUGGGGGAGACAAGUCAACGCCAAAGUCGGGCGGCAGUAGCACCACGAAACAACGGCGCUCCCACCGAAAGUCGCGUAAUGGAUGCGCUGAAUGCAAAAGGAGACAUAUGCGCUGCGAUGAAGCUCGCCCAGCCUGUAGAAACUGCUCCAUGGCCGAGCGAGCAUGCUCCUAUCCCGCUCCCGCCAGAUCAGGGCCGUCUCCAGUGCCUGUCCCAGAGAAGCGGCCUCAGCCUCCUCUCCCCCCUCAGCAGAUGCGUCCACCGGCGCAAUGGCCGCCCCAGUCUCUGCCGUCCUUCAACGAGUCCUUUGCCGAUACGCCCACCUCUCCCUCCAUCCCCGUCUCUGCCUUUACACCCCAGCACCUGAUGCUUCUCCAUCACGUCGAAACGUCCAUGGAGAACGAGGUGCUGGGCGAUGGCCAGACAACACGCGUCGUCGACAUCUCCAUACGCCAUACCGUGGAGUGCCCCUAUCUGAUUGACCAACUUCUCGCGUUUGCGGCCAUACACAAGGCCCAUCAGCAACCAGGGUCAGCAGCCAAGUACCGGCACCAGGCGACCGAGCUCCAAACGAGAGCCCUGGCCUACUUCACCAAGGACACUGAGAGUCGUUCUUCCGACGACAUGCUGUAUGCUGCACCGCGGUUUCUCUUCGCCGCACUGCUUGGUUUGCACGUAUUGGCCGAGACCUUGGCGUACAACCGCUCAGACUUCCAGGAGUUCAUAGACCGCUUCAUUGAUUGCAUCCAUCUCCACAAGGGGAUUCGUACGGUGAUUCUGCCCACGUGGGAAAUGCUUCUUCAAUCGGAGCUGCUGCCAAUCCUGAGUCUCACAACCCUUCAAUAUCCCCAGGAGCCUUGCCACGGGAAAGAGUGCGAGCCCUUGAGAGCACUCCUCGAUGCCUCGGAUCUAGAUACCCAGAGCAUCGACGCCUGUCAGAGGGCGGUGCAGACUCUGCAGUGGGCAUUCGAUCUCAGUGGGAGGCUGCCCCGUCCCGACCUACCCCACGCCGUCACUGGCUUCAGUGUAGUGGUAUCCGUCGAGUUUGGCGACGUUCUGAGGAGGCACAGAGCAGAGGCUCUCAUCAUUCUAGCUUAUUAUGGCGUUCUAGUGCACCGAGCGAGGAAGUAUUGGAUGUUCGGCGACACAGGCGUCUUCUUGAUCCGGGAUAUCAACAAGCGACUGGGCACCUACUGGCAGGAGCCUAUGAAGUGGCCACUCCAGGUACUCGAAGAGGAACAUGACUGA